AUGGAGCACGCCCUCCUUACCCCUAUAAACUCCUAUCUUGAAGACACUACCGCCUACCCCCACUCGAUCAUCGGCUUCAGGGCGCACCUCUCAACCCAAGAUGUCAUGCUUCUACUCAAACACCAAAUCCUCGAUGGCAAAUGCCGACACACGAAGGCGAUCUUGGGACUCGACCUCGAUCGCGCGUUCGAUAACGUCGCGCACUCCACCAUCCUCGAACGCAUAUCACUACUCAGCCUUGGAGAGCACACCUAUAACUACGUUCGAGACUUUCUAUCCAACAGAAGGGCGUUCCUCUCGGCAGGGGACAUUCAGUCGGAAGAACUCGCUCUUGGUGCCGCGGGCACCCCGCAAGGUUCCGUCAUCUCCCCAAUCUUGUUUAAUCUAGUCAUGAUCGGUUUAGCACAAGAACUCCAGAAGAUCGACGGUAGUGAACACACCGUUUAUGCCGACGACAUUACGAUUUGGGCCGCGAAGGGCAGCGACGGCGAAAUCGAAACCGCUCUGCAAAACGCGAUCGAUACCGUCGAAACUUAUCUCCAAAGCACGGUACUCCGAUGCUCACCCAGCAAAUCGGAGCUUCUCUUAUAUCGCCCAACGCUCCGCGGACGCCCACCGCUACGCUUUACGCACAAACGAUACUACGAAGAAAUCCAGCUUCACACAGGGAACGGUGGCACCAUACCCGUGGUUUCCACCAUCCGGGUCCUUGGCAUGACCAUCGAAGCCAACGGUGCGAACUCAAUGGCUAUCUCCGAGAUCCUCCGACAUACGGCCAACACGUCGCGGCUGUUAAAGCGGGUGACAAACCGAAGACGGGGCAUGAGGGAAGAAAGCCUCAUCCGCCUCGUUCACUCGUUCGUUAUCUGCCACAUCACGUACGUCGCCGCCUUCCAUACCUGGUACAAAGCAGCAAAAACUAAGCUGGACAUCAUCAUUCGCGGAGCCUACAAGCUUGCCCUCGGACUACCAAACAACACCAGCACACAACUUCUUCUCCAAUUAGGGCUCCAUAACACCCUCGACGAAUUAAUCGAAGCGCAGCGUCAGGCUCAUCUGGAGCGCCUCACCCUCACAGAAACGGGUCGGCACAUUUUGAUUAAACUCGGCAUCACCUACCACCGCCAUCAGGGAGACAAACACCCAAUCCCAGGAUGUAUCCGGGCUUGGCUACAUGCCGACCCCAUCCCCAAAAACAUGCACCCUGGAUACAACAAGGAACGGCGGAAGGCACGGGCCGCCUCCCUCAUCAAAGCUUACGGCGACAUCACAGGCGUCACCUUCGUCGAUGCAGCUUAA